AUGGAUCUCAUCCAACAAUUUAACACUCUUAAACCUUAUAUCUUAGCCUUAUUACAAUAUCCUCAACAAAUCUACAAUAAUCUAUAUAUUUAUUUAUUAGACCUUGACAGAGAAGAAUCUAAAAAUAUUACUUUAAAUCUCUAUAUUCUUGGUGACGACUUUAAACAAAAACUAGCUUAUAUCUGUGGUGCUAUCACUCAAAUACAAAAACGAACACACUCAAAUGAAACCAUAUUUGAACUUUUCUUCAAACUUAAACAACUCUUAGAAACUUAA